GCUCCUAAAGCUGGCCCCGGCCUCGCCGCAUCAUUGAUGGGCAACCAACUGGACCGCAUCACGCACCUUAACUACAGUGAGCUGCCCACUGGGGACCCGUCGGGGAUCGAGAAAGACGAGUUGCGGGUCGGGGUCGCCUAUUUCUUCUCGGAUGAGGAGGAGGACCUGGACGAACGCGGCCCAGCGGACAAGUUUGGUGUCAAGGGUCCCCCGGGUUGCUCCCCUUGUCCUGAAAGCCCGGGCCGACGCCACCACCAUCACCACCACCACCAUCACCAUCACCACCUGCUGCACCAGCUGGUCCUCAACGAACCCCAGUUUUCCGCUUUCCGGGGCCAGGAAUGCAUCUUCUCCAAAGUGAGCGGAGGCCCCCUGGGUGCCGACCUGAGCGUCUACGCGGUCACCGCGCUGCCGGCGCUCUGCGAGCCCGGGGAUCUGCUGGAGCUGCUGUGGCUGCAACCCGCUACCUCGGAGCCCCCCGCACCUGCCCCCCAUUGGGCCGUCUAUGUGGGCGGGGGGCAGAUCAUCCACCUGCACCAAGGCGAGAUCCGCCAGGACAGCCUGUACGAGGCGGGCGCGGCCAACGUGGGCCGGGUGGUGAAUAGCUGGUACCGUUAUCGCCCGCUGGUGGCCGAGUUGGUGGUACAGAACGCCUGCGGCCACCUGGGCCUCAAGAGCGAGGAGAUCUGCUGGACGAACUCGGAAAGCUUCGCCGCCUGGUGCCGCUUUGGCAAGCGGGAGUUCAAGGCCGGUGGGGAGGUGCCGGCUGGCACGCAGCCCCCCCAGCAGCAGUACUAUCUCAAGGUGCACCUGGGCGAGAACAAGGUGCAUACGGCCCGCUUCCAUAGCCUGGAAGAUCUCAUCCGCGAGAAGCGCCGCAUCGACGCCAGUGGCCGGCUGCGAGUGCUCCAGGAGCUCACAGAGCUGGACCUCGUGGACGACAAGGAAUAGCUAGCUGGCAAGGCAGGGCUGGGGGUCCAGGGAGGCCCCUCCGGGUCUCUCCUAGAGGCUCACCCCUCUGUUUGCUCUCCAUUCCCAAGACCCCGGGCUCCCCAGAUUGGCCAGAGAUUCAUGACCCUAGAUACCUA